GAUUGUAUCAUUAUUUUAUUCUGGCGUCCCUUUCAGUUAAUUUUGGUUCUUUCUCUCGAACGUCGCUGGGGCCCUGAGGGACGCUGCGCCGGUCGGCGACGGAGAGCCAAGCAGCUCACGAUCUCCCGCGACUCGCGAAAAAACAAAAAGAAAGACAGCGCCAGCGCAAAAACCAGUUUCGACGGCGACGGAGGCACGGAGGUACCGAACAACGGAGCUCAGGGAGUUGAGAGCGUAGUCCCUCUCGACUUCGGACGGUCACAAGCAACCCGAAACGCUCCAGACAGAACGCUUGUGGGGCAUUUUGUUUUUUUGUUUUUUUCUUUGGCUCGCAUUAUUCUCCAUUCCGAAGCUCGGGAGGGCUUCAGGUGACGACCAUGGGACGACGGACUGAAGAAUCUCGAGCAAGGACCAAAGUUUGAAAAAAGUGGCCAUCGUGGCGUGGAGUGCGACUUGUGCGCGAGUGCGACUUCUGCUGCUGCCGCUGCUGGUGUGGGCUGCCACGUUUGUUGACGUUCGGUGCCUGCCAACAUGGAGCCGAGGGACAGCCAGCAGCGCCAGUCCAGGAAGAGCGGUGGAUCUUUUGCCUGCAACAGCCCAAACUGCACCGGUCUGCUUCUGGGGGCGGUGGCUUCGGUCCUAGUCAUUGGCGGCAUCUUCCUGGCCUUCCACAACUGGGACUACAAUUGGCUCCUCGUAACGGCCAUCGGAUCGCUCCUGGUCCUCAUUGCGGCCGCUGUUCCGUUCUGUAGCCAAGACAGAAGCCAGGGCACUCACGGCAAGCGUGGCGCUCAUGGCAUUCGCAUGUCCGAGAAUGAGACGCUGCCUUCUGCGCCACCCCUGAGCGCAAGUUACUCUGUGAGUCAGCUGUCGCUAAACAUCCUGCCUCCCUUGUACCCUGGCUGCAAUGAACUGCCCCCAACUCCCGAGAGCAGUCCUCCCAACGGUGUUCACGUGAACCACAUCAUGAACAUCAACGGCCAGAGCUACCUGCUGCUGCCCAUUGUGUCGCCCACAACACAGUCCAGCCCAAGCAAUGCCCCGGAAGUGCCAAACCACCGUUUCCCCGUCACGGGGUUGUCCUGCCUGCAAGUCGAGCUGCCUUCCAAGCAAGAACGCCAAGCCGAGCCAAGCCAAGCCGAUGAGGCAAGCCACCGGAUCUCGGAAAAUCCGGCCGUCCCUCCGACGCCGCAGAUGACCCGCGACCUCUUGUGCGAAUCGUCAGUCUCCGACGACACCACGUCUACCAUGCCGACGACAAACAUCUCCACUGUGAACGACCAAUCACGUGCCUUGAUCUCGAACACCGUUUCAAUGACAUCUGAAGAUCGUCACGAUGUGAUAGACGACGUCGAAAAUGGCGAUCCAGAUCCAAGCGACUCUGGCGCCGGCGAGAACCCAGGAGUGUCGGAGAACGACGUCGCCAUCAGCGAUCAACUCCCGCUGAUCAUAAUCGACCCGGAAAGCGACGCGCUUGCCGACGUGGAGAUGGCAGAUCGUGAUCAGAGCGAGACGACUGCGUCUUCCAGCGUCAAUGUGUCGCCGUCUGGGAACGAUACAGAUUUUCUGCUCGCCGUUGAAGGAGAUGCGAGUGAUGCAGACGACGACGACAUCCUUGUCGGAGCGACUCCGCCCCCGAGCUACGAUGAAGUGGCCAAUGAGGGAACUGCGUCCACCGCGGGAUUUGGCGGAGCUGCUUCGUUUGGGACCCUUUGAACGGCGCUUUUGUUUCGUCGCGUUUCACGCCGUGUUGAUCUAUGUGGUGCCGAACAAACUGCUGCUCUGGAAGACAACUCCGCUGGAUACGGAGGAUUGUGUAUGUGCGUGUGUGUGUAUGCUUGUGUGCGAAUGUGAACUGUGCGAGGCGUCGAUGUGAGCCACGGUGUUCCUGCAGUGAUGUUGUGCGUGUUGAAGGAAUCAAGGAUGCGAAGGUUUUAUCGCGACUCUUUUUUGCCAGACGAAGCGUCAGAGAUCUCAAACCGAUCAAAAACGGAGAGGAGACUAAUUCGAGGGAGCGAACGAACACAAAGAAAUCAAAAUUUUACACAAACUCUCGCUCAGCUUAAUGUUUGCAAUCCCUCCAUCACUCAUCCUCAAAUUGCAAGCGGGAGAAGGUCACCUGUGAGAAAAGAACAGCACGCGUGCUCGUUUAGUUUGCGGAACCGAAAUGCAGCGACUGAAAAACAGGUCCUUAGUGUUGCCGCCCAGAGAGAAGUCCGACUCGCGAACAAUGAAGUGCAAUGUUUUUAGUGUUCUAUUUUGCUCGUCGUUCUCAUUACGACACGAGCGCAAGAUCAACACUCGAGCGAAGCGUUCUUGCUUUGUCUCGAACGCCUCUGGGACCAAGCUACGAGGGAAAAUGUGAUCGUAAUGGGCGCUCUCUACGUACGCGUAGCCUCCCCUAACGACUCCUCGAACCCCUAGGAGCAACUCAACCGGUGUUGAAUCCACGUCGCAAAUCAGCGACUGGAAGUCAUUGUUACGUCACCUCGGUCCAAAAGGGUACGAAUGUUGUUGCCCCACGCGUCCGACCGCUGCCAAUGCCACGAUGCGACGGAACCAAUCGAACAGCCCUCUUCGCUUUUGUGCAUUCGCUAUCGCCGACGAAACCAAUCGCGCGCCGCGAUCCUGCACUUUUUUUUGCGUGAUUGGGUCUAGCCGGCGACGGCAAACUUGCAAAGACGACCUGGAUCGUAGCGCCAUCUGCGGUCGGACUUGGAAGUGAAACGGGGCACCACGGAGCGCUUAUUAAAGCGACUCGGCAUUUGUGAUCACAACACGCGCGCCGAGUUUACAACUACCCAUUCCUACAGCUUAUAACUGCCUUGACCUGGACUCUCAUAUAGUCGCGAGUCUUAAGCCGUAUUUAUUGAAACGCUCCAGGAGCUAGUACUAACGCAAGAGCGUGGAGAAGCGACGGGCUCGUAAGGGUAUUUUUGUUUAUAGGACGAAAGAGAUGUUUGCAGAGGAGGGUGAAUAACUACCAGUCUUCCAUGACUCUGUGUGAACCCCAGGUAUUCACUCUAUAGAUACAUAUAUACACUAUAUACGUGGAUGUACACAUACAUGGGUCCAAUGGCACCUACAGGGGCAGUCCGGUUGGGAGUGACUAUUUCACUGAAUUGUGCACACAAAGAACAGGGUCCAAUUCAGUACAGGGGAUUUCUCAAUGCGUUGUUUUAAAGAAAAUAAAUCAAUUUUUUCAGUGAAA